GCGGACCACAAUCAUGGCCGAUCAUCUCCUCCACUUUCGUGCUUCAUGAUACACUAUGCACGAUCCCUUCACGAACCCUUGUACUGUGCGACCAAAAUAGCUGACGACCAAACGUCCUGCCAUGCUGCGGCUCCAUUUUAUCAUGGUCAGGACUGGUCAUGACUUCGUCGUGCAUUGCUUGCCUCUCACCCUUGGCUGGCAGUCAUGCCAUUUCUACAUCCCAGCAUUUCAAAGAGCAAAUCCCAUGUUGGCUUCCGUGGCGAAAAAGACGGGGUUUGCAGGUAUCCGUCGAGCAGAUCUACGGGUUUGUAUCUGUUUGUAUAUAGAUUGUUGGGUCCUGCCUCGCAUUCCUUCACUUCACUCUCUGUCGCACGCAGCAAACGUCCCUUCCUUGCAUUCACUGAGUCGAACGCGCAACUUCUUGCCUUUGCGACUCGAGACCAAUUCGAUCAUUUUACUAUUUCUUUCUCGGAGGGCAGACUGCUACUAAUAACCGUCGUUCAUACACCGUUGUCCAUGAUGAUCAACAUGUUUAUCUCGUUUUUACUAUUGGCGCUUCCUUUACUCACACAAGCGGCACCUGGCCGAGGACCAUGGGGCGCUUCACAUCACGCUUUCCCCGGUGGUUCAUCGCCGUACGCACCCUUCCCAGGGAAAUACAAUGCCACUUACCCUCCUUGCACAAACGCCACAAUGAAGGUCCGAAAGGACUUUGACACGAUGGCACCGCUGGAGCGCAAAGCCUACACGGACGCCAUCAAAUGUCUCAUGACCAAGCCGUCCCAGCUGGACCAGACGUUAUACCCGGCAGCCAUCAAUCGCUACUUCGACUAUGCCGUCAUCCACACCAACCUCACUCAAGUGGUCCAUAUCUCAGCUUUUUUCCUGACGUGGCACCGAUACUAUCUCCACCUAUUCGAGCAAGACCUAGCCAACCAGUGCGGCUACACUGGCGCCUUCCCAUACUGGAAUUGGCCAGCCACUGCGGACAACCUGACCGGCAGCGCCAUUUUUGAUGGAUCCGAAUACUCCAUGUCGGGCAAUGGAUUGUACACAAACAACGACUCUAUCGUCCUCUCUCCGUUCUUCUCCAUUCCCCAUGGCUCAGGCGGCGGGUGCGUCACAUCCGGCCCCUUCGCCAAUAUGACCACUACCUUGCAACCCGUGUCCAUCGACGUACUGAUCACUGGCGCACCGUUGCCGAACAACACCUUCGCAAAGAACGAGUCCUGCUUGACACGUGAUCUCAACACAUACGUCGCAAAGCGGUACACCAACACUUCGGCUUUGUACGAGUGUCUCGAGACGACCAAUAUGGCGGAUUUCACAACGCAGAUCAACGGCGUUAUUGGGUCGACGGAGCUUGGGCUGCACUCCGGGGCACACUUCGUCCUCGGAUCGCCUGGGUCGAAUAUUUUUGUCUCAGUGCAGGACCCAAUCUGGUGGCCUCUGCACACCUUCUUGGACAAUCUGUAUACCUCAUGGCAGAUACGGCACCCGAAUGUCUCGGACUCUGUCUACGGCACAUUGACGGCCAAUAAUGCGCCACCUAGUGCCAACGGUACAAUCAACACCCUCGAGCCAGGCUGGGGUUACUUUGACCAGACCAAUUACACCAUUGGCGACUUGAUGAGCACAACAUCCGGACCAUUCUGCUACAGAUAUGAUGUCGCGCUGUAACCAUUGACAGUGGUCACUAGAUGAACGAAAAGGGGUAACGGAAAUUGUCGGUCCAAUCAUUGCACAUACUCGCUCAAAGGGUUGCUGUAUGAAUACUUCGUCUUCCUUCAAUCCCGCCUUCGGAAAUGGAAGGGGCAUAUGCACGCAUCAUAGUAAAAUGGCGUUGGGUACGCUGGGAAGACUGGCAUCGAACAGGUCAUGCGUCCAGCUGCCGGGGUGAGAGGGACAUUAGCUCCUUAGACACUUAUGUUGUUGACAUGUCGUCGACAUGUCUGCUCUGCUUCGGGUCAGAAGCCAUUAUUAAUUAGCUCGGCUGGUAAAAUAAUGUUUAUUCAGGUGACUCAC